GGAUAGUGAAUAUUUUGCCACUUAUACCGGUGGGGUAAACAGAGAAUGCGAGCUCCACCAGCCCAACACUGCGACCAAAGUUCGUUUGCAACUUGAUACUGGCUCCGAUAUCACGCUGCUCAGUGAACGAACGUGGAAACGAAUCGGUAAGCCACAUGUGAAGCCGACUGAACUCCGGGCCCGUAAUGCUUCCGGUGGUAAACUGAAGUUGACUGGCGAGGUUGACUGUCUCAUUAACUUCAAUGACUCGACGGCACGCCAAUCCACCUGCCCCCUGAAGUCAUGCCCCAAACUUGAUCUCAUGUGGCUAGAUUGGAUCGAGAAGCUAAAUCUGCUGGAUAUACUAAUCAAUUCUAUUUGCAACCGCAUGCACGCAGCACCCGGACGAACUGAUUUUCCAAAGCGCUCACUUGAGCACCUUCUACAACGCUAUGUAUAUGUAUUCACUGACGAGCUUGGACGGUGUACAAAAGCAAGAACCAGACUGUGCCUCCUCCCUGGUGCCAAACCAGUCUUCAGGCCAAAAGUUCCGGUGCCGUAUGCAGCCUUGCCUAUCGUUGGUCAAGAACUGGACCGACUUCGGAAGGCGGGUGUUCUUCAACCGACCAACUGCUCCGCUUGGGCCACACCUAUCGUGUUGGUGAAGAAGGCUACCGGGAUGAUCCUGUUGUGCGCAGAUUUUUCCACCAUUGACUUGGCCGAUGCGUAUCUCCAGGUUGAAGUGGAGGAAGAAUCCCGAGAACUGCUCACGAUCAAUACGCAUCGAGGUCCAGUGGGUGGCCAACACUUUUCGGUCGUGGUCGACGCUUACAGCAAAUGGCCGGAGAUUUUUCCGGUGAACAGCCCCACAACUGCCAUCACAGUCCCAGAACUCCGGGGAUUGUUCAGUCGCUCUGGAACGCCAGAGACUAUUGUAUCCGACAACGGCAGUCAGUUUACGUCGUCGGCGUUCGCACACCUUUGUCGGGAGUAUGGCAUAACGCAUAUACGCUCGCCGCCGUUUCAUCCACAGUCGAACGGCCAAGCGGAGCGCUUUGUUGACAGUGAAGCGGGCACUUCAGAUGUCCAGAGGAGAGGGACGAACGGAAAAGAUUUUGCAAAGCUUCCUGCUGGCAUAUCGAGAGACGCCAACUCAUCUGAUGGAGUAUCAGCAGCAGAGGCAUUGCUCCGAAGGAGUUUUCGAACACCGCAUGAUACUAUCCGGGCACAAGAAAGGCACGCUAGUCACCGCGAGACCAGAGUGGAGGAACAGUUCAACUGGCAUCAUGGAACAACUGCGCGCUCAUUCAGCGAAGGCCAGAAAGUUUUGGCUCGUGACCAUAGCGGAAGACACCCUACGUGGACCCCAGGACUCAUCCUUCGCCGGCGCAGCAAAGUGCUCUACGAGAUUCAAAUCCUCCGCACGGAACCGAGUGAUUUGAGUCUAGAAAAGCUUCUGGACACUUUUGAUCUCGGCACCAUCCCAGUACGUCGAUCAGUUGCUUCGUCGGAGGCCCAGCCUAAGAACGGAUUACAACCGCAGCGACAGAAAGGCAGGAUCCGCAAGUCAGUGGGGCCACUGCAAGUAAAUUUUCGGGUUCGAAGCUCCGUCAACAAACUUCAAGGGGGAGGUGUUGAGCGGAAUUCAAAAAGGAUCCUGCUUUACCGCACGUUUCUAGGCGUAGCUACGGCCGAUAAGCCUGACCCGCAGGAGACUGGCCAAGAAUUCGGGACGCUUGCCGAUCCGGCAUCAAGACGAGAUCUGAUUGCAACAAUGAUUGCUGCGAGAUCGUGCCUACGAGGCAGUCGCCUAGUUUUACAGCUUGCUGAUCGGGGUUGUCGACAAACAUUCACUCGCCCGUCGCAGGUUUCAGUCGUACGUUGUUUCCGAUGGUCUCCAAUAAAUUUUACCUCAAUGCGAACUCGAUUCGGCCGAAGUCAAGCAAAGGCCCGGGCUGAUGAGGCUGCACCGGAAAUGGUAUUAGAUCAUGCUACCCUGCUAUUCCCUUGUCAUGUAGCUCUGGAUACUGGUCGCAUGGCUGUUGCGGCGGCUGCGGUUAUUGGCCUGGGUGGUCUGUGCUACUAUGGACUAAGCAUGGUGCCUUCCAGUACUGAUGCUAUGUCUGCAAUCGACCGAGCUACUGUUUGGCCAGACUAUGUACGUCAGCGUGUCAAAAUGACAUACGCCUAUUUGGCUGGUGGCGCUGCAAUCGCGGCUGGGACCGCAGUCUCGUUGUCACGCUCUCCAGCCUUUUGUCGGGCCAUGGUUCAAUCGGGUUGGAUUGCCCCAAUCACUAUGAUGCUUUUCAGCAUGGGUGCUGGAUUUGUCUGUCAGUUGGUUCCGUAUCCUGCUACGGGGAUCAGCACGAAACACUUGGCGUGGGCCGUGUUCUCCGCAAGUAUUGGAGGCAUGCUCAUGCCAGUGUGUUUGCUCGGUGGCCCCAUUCUCACGCGAGCGGCUCUCUAUACCGGGGGGAUCGUUGGAAGCCUGUCGGCGGUUGCUAUAUCUGCACCGUCCGAUAAGUUUCUCAACUGGGGCGGACCUCUGGCUAUUGGUUUGGGUGUGGUUGUCGUCUCUUCUCUGGGAUCAAUGUUCCUGUCGCCAGCCAGUCGCUUGGGUUCGGGAAUGGCUGCCAUCAGUUUGUACGGUGGACUGCUUCUUUUCUCUGGCUUUUUGCUCUACGACACCCAGUUGGUCAUUCGCCGUGCUGAGUUACAUCCUGCUCCAGGGUACUAUCCACCAGAACGUCUUUAUGGUGGUUUGCCAGUCCAACAAGGACAGAUAAUUAAACCUUUCGAUCCGAUCAAUAAUUCCAUCCGCAUCCUCAUGGAUACGGUUAACAUAUUCGUCCGUAUGGUGGCUAUCCUUGCUGGAGGACAGCGGCGAAAAUAG